UAACUACCCAUUUUCCAAAGGAAGCUGCAGCAAACCGACCCCCUCCUCAUGCAAAUGUUUAUUUGCUUUGUCAGCUCUGUCUUCGUAGUAACAAUUGCCCGAACUUCGGACUUCGAGCAGGAACUUGAACUUAACAUACAGUCGAGGGUUCGUUAUCGCUCCUUUUUGCUCCUGUAGGGACACCUGACCAGCUUCUUUGGGACCUCGAGCAAAGUCAGCCUGGUCCAUCACCUGCUUCUCCCACCCCAACCGGCGGUCAAAAAUGACAUUAAAAUCUAAUAAAAACGAAUCCGCUGUCAUUUCGGAACGGGUCAGCAGCGUUCGCACGGCGCUCUCUGAUCUCUAUCUGGAACAGCUGCUGCAAAACAAACCCAAGUCAGACAGGGUGGCCAUGCAGACGUUGGAAGCAAAGGAGCAGGAGGCAUACAGCAAUGGCAGUGCUGCCCACAUGAACGCCAGCGAAGUUGCCCAGAUACGGGAGGUGGCCUUUGAGAAGAACCUGUCUGAGCCACUGGGUGUAACUCUGAAGAUGAAUGAAAAGCAGAAGUGUACAGUGGCAAGAAUAUUACAUGGAGGGAUGAUCCACAGACAAGGUUCCCUACAUGAAGGAGAUGAAAUCACAGAGAUCAAUGGCCAAAGUGUGGCUAAUCACAGUGUAGACCAGCUGCAAAAGAUUCUGAAAGACACCAGUGGCAUGGUCACUUUGAAAGUCAUCCCCAAGCAGCAAAAUCGUUCACUGGUUUGUGAGAUGUAUGUGAGAGCUCAGUUUGACUACGACCCUGCCAAGGAUGACCUCAUCCCAUGCAAAGAGGCAGGCCUUAAAUUCCAAACAGGCGACAUCAUUCAGAUCAUUAACAAGCAGGAUCCAAACUGGUGGCAGGGUAGGGUGGACAGUUCGGCCAAAGACUUUGCAGGACUCAUCCCUUCCCCAGAACUUCAGGAAUGGCGCGCAGCCAGCAAAAGCAAAUCCAGCGAGGCCAGUCAGUCCUGUAGUCCUUUUGGCAAAAAGAAGAAAUGCAAAGACAAGUAUCUGGCCAAACACAGCUCUAUUUUUGAUCGGCUUGAUGUCAUUUCUUAUGAAGAGGUGGUGCAGCUCCCUGCAUUCAGCAGGAAAACCCUUGUACUUAUUGGAGCACCUGGUGUGGGAAGGAGUCACAUAAAAUGUUCAUUGUUGACCAAAUACCCUGAAAAGUUUGCGUACCCUGCACCUCACACCACUAGACCACCACGGAAAGAUGAAGAGAAUGGUCAGGAGUAUUAUUUCAUCUCCAACGAGGAGAUGACCAAAUGCAUCAUCAAGAAUGAGUUCCUGGAAUAUGGCAGUUUCCAGGGCAGCAUGUUUGGCACCAAGAUUGAGACCAUCCUGAAGAUCCAUGAGCAGGGCAAGAUUGCACUUUUGGAUGUGGAACCUCAGACUCUGAAGCUCCUCAGAACAGCUGAUUUUGCUCCACUUGUUGUGUUCAUAGCUCCAACCAAUACCGGCAGCCAGACAGAGGCUCUGCAAAACAUACAGAAAGAAUCGGAUGCCAUUCUCAGCACGUAUCGUCACUUCUUUGACGUGGCACUGGUGAACAACGACAUCACUGAGAGCGUGAAGGGCGUGGAGGAGGCCUUGGAGGGCGCCUCCACCAGGCCGCAGUGGGUGCCUGUGUCUUGGGUCUACUAACAUCCACACAGCCCUUCACCAACCUCUCCCACGACCGGGGCAGGGGCGGAGGCGACGGACCCUUGCUGUUCUAAAGCAGGUGCAGUGCCACGUCAUGAGACUACACCAAGACCAGGCUGUUGUAUUCGCAUGUGCAGGCAGCUAGCCCUGGCUUCAGUGUUUGCAAGGAUGUUUAUUUUAUUAAAGCAAUAAGUUGGAUUGGUUUGUCAGAUAUGACUUGAGUUUUGCCAUCGAGAUUUACAGAGCGGUGAGCAGGACGCUGUGCUAGUAAACAUCAGGCAGGUGUGCUAGUUCAUGCAAAAAGGACCACUACUGUGAUAAACACCCUUCUGCUCAACAAGGUCUGAUCUUUGCUCAACCUUUGCUGUGCUCUUCAUGGGCCUUUGCAUCAUUUUAACAGGAAGUGCCAUGGAACUACCAGUUUAAAUGUUUACACUUCAUACUAUAGUAAAAACAGGGAAGUCAUGUCACCAGUUAAUGCAGAUCUAAGAUACUUUAGCCACCUUUAAGUGUUUCUCAUACUGGAUGCUGCUCAUUGGGUCUUGCACUUCCAAAAUAAACUGAAUAAACAUCCAACACUG